GAGGACUGAGGAUCAUUUCGGAUUGAUUUAUUUGGGAUGGAGGGAGCGCAGCGCCUUUUGCACGCGCCCGGGAAUUUCCAGCCCGCUGCUUUACUUGAGGAUUUAGUGGAAACCGAGGGGUUUAAAACUGAAACUGGCAUCAGAGGUUCAGUCUCGGCAUACAAGAAGGUUCUGUGCAGUAACAGUGUAUUAGAUUCAUCUGAUUACUGGCUGAAGAACGAUAAGACGCUCUGCAGAGUCAGAUUCCUUGAGGACCAGCAUGAUGGGGGGUGCACCAUUAAUUUUGUGAAUUUGGAUACAAAUGCUGAUCACCAUGACGACAGCUGUUUUCAGAAGCUGGCAUCAGUGUCUCCUGAUCUGCCGAGGUUGGUUGAGUCUCUCGUUUCUCGGCGUCUUAAAGAGCACGAAGUUCUUCUCCUGAAUGGUCUGGAAUCACCUGAUACCUGCUCACAUGACCCCGUCCAUUCUCAGAAUCAGAGGGCUGAUGUGUGUGUGGUACAGAAUGGCAGUAAGUGUGACCAAGUUCAGUCCGACAGCCUGAUUCUUCAAAUCAACAAGUUCCUGAUUGGUCUACAGUCAGGACAGGAGAAACAGCGACACGUCCGAUUGGCCGGUCAUCACAUCACCGACGACGACACUAAUCGUUCUGUGUCGUCGAUAGAGGAGGAUUUCCUCACAGCAUCAGAACAUCUGGGAGAAGAAAGCGAGGAUGACAAGAACGAUUCAGAAGGUGGAUUAACACUAGAAGCAGUAGGGAUGCUGAAGAUGGCACCACAGCAUAGGACUAUAGUAGAACGAGAAGACAGUGAGGACUCAGAUACCAUUUGCGCUUCCUCCAGAUUCCAAAAAGUAUCCAGAACGUCCUCCACCAGGGGUGGUAGUGUUUCCCUACACAAUGAAAGACAACAAAAGAAAGAGUCCAAAUAUGCCUCCAAUCUUGCUGAAUCUGUUCUGCAGGACGCUUUCAUUCACCUUUCCCAUGAUGAAUCCUCAUUUUCUACUGAACCAGCCAGGAGAGUCUCCAGUUCUGCGCAAACGUUAUCUGAGAAGCAUCAAAGAUCCAGAACUCACUCUUUCGAACUUCCAAAAAUCGUGAUUGUCCAGAGUCCAGAUAACUGCGAGGAGGCUGCUGAAUGGCCUGGGACGCAAUCCUCUGAGAAUCAGGACGUGCGCCAGUCAGAUACUCAGGCUCACUCAUAUCACAGCUCUCCAAUCAUGCAUAAAGCUAAGCCUGUGGAGGUAGCAUUAGCAUAUGCUGCUAGUGUAAUUGGGACAAUCAGCAGCCCUCAGGUCACGGAGAGACUUGCUCUAAAUACAGAAGAUGAUCAUGAUGGGAGGGAUGCUGAUAAAUAUGAAGAUUGCACCGAGGCAGAUCAGGGUGACUAUACGUUACCUUCUGCCUUAUGUGGCAUGUCAAAGGUAGCAGGAGCAGUAAACCAAUCAGGAGAUUCUGGUGAAACUAAAGACCCAGGAGAGACAUUCACAACAUCAAUGGGGUUGCUAUCAGCGGCUCAGGCUUCCACAGCAGUUACGUUACAAAGCAACUUAGUGGAAGGCACCAGCAUUGAUACGUUUAGGUCCAUAGUGGCUGAGAGUCUCCUUGGAGAAGCGUUGGAAGUCCUUAACAAGAAGCAGAGCUACACAUGCCUACUAAAUGUCCUAGAGACCACACAAAACAAGAUAGUGGAUGGGAUCAUGCAUCCAAGAAGGUUGUCCCAGGAGGGGCUGGGAGUAGACGAUUUUACCCAAGAGGUGGCAGAAAGCGUGUUCAAAUAUGCCCUGGAAAAAUCAGUAAAAAAGAAAGAGCUGAAAGGGAAAGAUGCCCCUGAUAUCCAGAAUUUUCUCACUGAGAGUGUGAACAGCUUGCUCUUUGAUGUCCUUUUUGCCGUUUCAAGGAAAAUCAGUGACAUUUCAAAUUGUAGCCCAGAGCCAUUUAACAGCAGUGAGACUGAAGUGUGUGCAACAGAAAAUGAGGCCACUACCAUGCCCGGAGAAAAAGAAAUAUGCCAACCAAACCAUUUGAGUCAACUCAGCCAGAUUGAAAAUUCGGAAAAGAAAAAUGCCACGGAAAAGCAGUCUUUCAUUGACGGGAAGAAGGAAAAUCAGAGGAGCUUGCAGGACAAGGAAUCAUGUCUGAAUGACACUGGCAAACAUGCCCAGAGCAAGACAAACAAAACAAUUGUUAAGGAAAGUGAACCCCAGCAACAGUUUUUGUUUUCCUCAACAGGUUGCACAAUGGAGCAGAGUGAAUUAAAGACCUCAGUGAAUUGUUUUGCUGAAGACUUGGCGUCUACGGUUGUUUCAAUGGCGACAGAGCUAGCGGCAAUCUGCCUUGAGAAUUCAAGCAGCAAGCAACCCUGGUUUUGCGCCCUCAAAGCAGGAUCCGAGGGCCCAGAGGGACUUUUGGUGCCUUGUCGAUCAUCAGCAGCUGCGGCACUUCGGAGAAAAGAGACACACAACGGCGUUGUCAAAAAGCAUCGCCCACCUCGCCUCAGUGAGAUAAAACGCAAGACUGAGGAGCAACCUGAACUUAUGGAGCGUCUUGUUAAUCGAGUCGUUGACGAGACCGUAAAUCUCGAUGAACCAGUGACUUCAGACUUUGCACUUUUUGCCCUAGAGGUCACUAACAAGAUCAUGAACUGCCCAGAACUGAAUGUAACGGACACAUCCAAGUCAGGUCAGACGUCUCGUAGUCGGCUGCAAUGCGAAAGGUGGGGCAGUCGGGGAAAAGCCUCCAGCUGUGAAAGCAUCCCUGAGGAGGAUGCAGAUCCAUCCGGAGCACCAAAUUCCCUGGAUCCAGGGAGCAGACUGGGUCAUAAUCUGAGCCGAGGAAGCUCGAUAUCGAAGCAGUCCAGCUGUGAAAGCAUAACUGAUGAAUUUUCUUGCUUUAUGGUGAACCAGAUGGAGACAGAAGGCAGAGGGUUUGACCUGCUACUUGACUACUAUGCAGGGAAGAAUGCAAGCAACAUUCUGGCUGCUGCAAUUCAACAAGCGACAAGCAAGAAAAACGGUCACCUCAGCAUUCGGACAUCAACUUGCUUGUCAAAGCAGUCCAGCACGGAGAGUAUUACUGAAGAAUUUUACAGAUUCAUGCUUCGAGAUAUUGACAAGGAGAAUAAAGACUUUGGGAUGACAAAGACCAAAGAGUGGAGCAACAACCUUUUGCCGCCCCCUUCAAGAGCCCUCUUCUGUAUUCGUCAAUCGUCAGUCCCGGAUAGACGAUCCUCCGAUUCAAGGCUGACUGUAAACUCACCCAUUAAAGCCAACUCUUUUGAUGGAUUUGCCCGGAAUGUCCAUGGUGACUCAUUGAAUAUCUUUUCAUCCAACUCUGUCUCGUCCACAGGAUUGUGCAAAUCCGAUUCCUGUUUGUAUAAGCGUGGCCGUACAGACCAUAUCACGGACAUGUUAAUCCAUGAGACCUGGGCUAAUUCCAUUGAGUCUUUAAUGCGUAAAAACAAGAUCAUAGCUAACCCUACAGAUGACAUUACAGAGCUAGACGCAGAAUCCCAACCACAUGUCCAGCUCUUUGCGAAUCGGCUAGCUGCGGACAUCGUUGAGAGUGGCAAGUCCCUUCUUGGAAGCCAACCGGACGUUUCAUCAGCGGUUGGAGAGAGACGGCGGGGUUUUAAACAGUCCCGGUUAGGAAGUAAUCGUGGUCGGACCCAGCAAGAAAUGGUACGACCAACACAGAGAGAGGUUCCUCUGAUCCACAUUGAGCCAGAUAAAAGGGACGAACGGUGUGAAGAUGUCGAAAGUGAAGGUUGCUUCAUCAGGGAAUCAAACACCCAGGUUAAACCUCAAAGCAGCCUGGAGAGAGUAAUGUCAAUCCAGAAUAGAGAUAAUCAAUACAGGACGGGUACAGCACCCUCUGCGGGCGAGGAGGGUGAGCGGUGCUCUUUCAGCAGUAGCAGUGAGGAGAGCGGAUCAGGAUGGGCACAGGUUCCUCCUGAUGAAGAAACUCAAGAAGAGACCACCAGUAGCUUCAUUCAGCUCAGUGAGGGCAAUGGGAACAGCAGUGCAUCCAGUCUUGGUGUCACAGAUCUUGAGGGGUUUCCAGAAAGUUCCACUGCAAUUUCCACUGCACAGAUCAGAAAGACCCUACAUACUGCAGAACAGACUGAUGAGGUGACGUCGGGUUUAUCCACAGCCGGAAGUAGCUGUCACAGAGAGCUGCAGGUGAUGAACUUCGACUUGGAGUUUGAAGAUGCGGAUAGAGAGUUGAUGGCGGCGCUGCAGUGGAUCGCGGCGUCAGAGCUCAGUGUUCCAGCUCUGAACUACAGAACCACACAGCAGAACACACACACCAAGUUUCAGAAGGUGGUACAGUUGGCAUUACAGAGGUCAUGGUGUAUUGGUGAAUUCAUCUCUCUGGUUCUACAGUUCUGUCGACUCAGCCCUGACUCUGGGGAAACUCUCAGCCUCUUCGACUGGCUCCUCCAAACCCAGCGCUAACACACACCCACACACACACACACACACACAGACUGUGCUGUGUUACCCUGAACACUGUGUUAGGCUCUGCACCAAACCACACUGACUUCAUUCCAGUCCCAAAAUCUGAGUGCACUAAUGAGAACCGUUCUUCACUAAUAUACCUCAUCACAUCAGCACUUCUUACACCACCCUUAAAAGCCGAAUGUUAAGUGGCUGCACUAAAUUGGCACAGGUGUAAGUGGGCGAGUGAAUAAGUGAGUGUGUUACACCAUGAUGGCCUGCCGAUCUGUCCAAAUUGUGUUUCUCGAAAGUGUCAGGCUCAUCGCCACCCUGACCAGAUCAGUUAAUAAAUCAGUUAGUAAAUUAAUUAAAUAAAUAAAAAACUGUAAAUGUGCAAAUGUGUCCACAGUCAAAUAAAUAAAUUAAUAUUUAAUUAAAUUCUCCCAAAAUGUGACACCACAGACUAACUGACUGCUGCAUUGCAAAAGUUAUAUUUGCCCCUGUGGAAAAUCUAAAUGUCAAAAAGUUUGUUUAAAAUUGCAAUGAUUAUUUUACAUGCAGCAUUGGAUUGGGGUCCUAUUCAGGGGUGUUUUACGUCUGUAAGCUGUUUCUGAUGAAGUGAAGUGUUUAGGGAUUGUUUAUUACCGUAAGUAAACCGUUAUGUUGUGCAAGGCUCCAUUGGGCACAGGUUCACUGAAACUGUGUAAAUGUGAACUGGAUAUUUGAACUGAAAUCAUAUUAAAUAACAGAUUCUAUUUAGUGAUUGUUUCCUCAUUUUUAAUCAUGUAGUUCUUGUGUGUGACUGGAGGUUUUUUCCUUUAAUGUUAACGAGCAAAUCUGAAUAAAGAUGACCAAUCAGAUGCAGGCAACUCUUUUGGAGUUAAAUUAUUUAUUAGUUAUAUAUUUCAAGAUGCUUUUUGUUUGAUUCAGCUUUAUAUAAGUAUAUAUAGAAAUGAAACAACAUUCCCCCCAGACCAAGGUGCACACACAGACUUACUAUAAAUACGAGCAACAUUUUUGGACCUAAAAAGUGAAGAGAUGGGACCAAGGACGAGUGUGGCGUUGGCCAGUACAUUGUUCUAGUAAAUAUUUUAUCAUAAUAUGAAAUGGAAAAACAAUUAUGAUUGAAUUAUGAUUGUAUAAAGUAAUAAUUGUGAGUAGAAGACUCUGAAGCACAGCAGAAUGAUUUCUGUCACUGUACAAUAGUGUGGAGUUGUUGAUAUGUUGCGGUGUGGUGUGAAUAAAUGAUUUAUUUUGGUGUAAAUACUGUAUAGUAGCAGAAACAGAUUUAAACGGCAGUGUUUAGGCUGUAUGUACUCUUUUAUUUGUCUGUAAUAUGUGAAGUAUUAGCGUGUUAGAAUUAACAUAACAUGUUUCAUCAUCAGAAUCACCUGAAAGCACAAGCGUCCGAUCUGUGACUGUAGAUCUGAAUGUGCGUAACUUUUCAAUGUCAAUAAAACGUAUGGAACAUGA